AAAUGUUCCUCUGAAACCAUGACUUUUGCAUCUGUUGAAAGUACACAGGAUCAUGAAAGUUCAAUCUCGGAUCCAAUUUCUUAUAACAGUACAAAUUAUCAGGUGACAGUGAACCUGCCAACACUAUGUAGCAAAGAUAAUUCUUCGACAGGUAAGGCGGGUUGUCGGACACAAACCUUGGAGAAGAAAGAGCUACCUUCCCUUUGGCAGGAUUCAAAGUCUUGCAGCGAAAUUCGCCAAGAAAAGCUUACAUCAAACCAAGAGAAACAACUUCUUAAGGAAUCAGCUGAUUUUUUAGGGGAGGACUUCAAUGCAUUUAGUCGAAGAUCACAGAGGAAAAGAGGGGUUCCAAAAAAGCUAGAGAAUUACUUAAGUGAAUGUGGGGAUGUAUCUGAAGCCAUUCAAACACCUGUAAACAAGCGGAAAAAACAGAAAACAAAGAGUGAUGUAGAGGUUGGUAACAGAACAUUUGAUAGUACUUACAAUGAUUCUAGUUGGAAUAGGGUGUAUCAAGAUGAUGUUGUUGUAGAAGGUGAAAAUCCAUCCACCAAUUUAGAAAUUGAAGCAAGAUAUCAAAAAAAGACUAAUGAAAAUUGUUCACAUAAGGAGGACCAUGAUAUUGGAAUUGAUGAUGAUCGCCUGUUAAAGUCAACCCUUCCAUGCACUAGGAGUAUGUUAAAAAGAUUGACAAGUAAUCUUGUUCCUAGAUCAACUCAAAAGAGAACCAGACUAAGAUCCCAGGAGACACAAUUAACCAGUAGUGAUAUUGGUGUGAACACUGAUCUUUCUGACGACACUGACACCUUGGACAACUGUGAUAAUAACAGUACUGAUAUACCUAUGUACUCGGUGACUCUUGAAGAAAACAGUAACCUACCAACCAAGGGUAAUAUGGGUGACUCCAUAUCUGAUAGGACCACAGACCUGGUAACUCCAGCGAGAAACAGAGGUCCAGUGACCCAGAACUGCACUGUUUGCAUUACUCGGGAGGAUACCAUCAUGGAGGGCCAAUCUUUGACCAGUGGAGAUAUGAUAACUUGGACAGAAAAUCUGGAAAGUUCAAAGGUAUCAAACACAGGUGAUCAUGAAGAAACACCUGUCUUAACUACAUGUGAAGUAAGAAGUUAUAAUGUUCACAACAUAAAAAGAAACAAAAGGAAGUCAAAGAAAUCUUUUGAGAAAAGUGUAUCUUUUUCCCAAGGUCCUGCAAAGAAAAAGAAAGGCCGUCCACUUAAAAAUCUUCGUUCAGUACCAAAGAAAGCAACUUUAAUGGGCACUGAAGCCAAUAAUGUGUCUGGACAUUUUGGGGGAAAGAAUGCAGAAAGUGUGGAGGAGCAUGAAUCUGCCAUCACCACAGAGUUAGAAUCAGCCCAUUCUCCAUUGCCAGAAAAGCCAAAGAAAAACAACAAUGAGAAAAGGGAAAUUACUUUAUUAUCUAAAGGCAAAUCAAAGAAAAGAAAAAUAGAAAGGAUGGAAAAAUCAGAUUUACCUGGCUUUGAUGUGAAGGAGAAUUCAUUAGCUGUUGCAGAAGUAGAUACCAACCAAAGUGUGAAAAAGAAAUCCAAAAACAAGAACAUUGUUGGUAAGCGAGAGCCUGGUGGUGAUCCUACAAGACCAAAAAGUAAGAAAAAGAAAUCCCAUGGGAAAAAGAACUCAAAAGAGAAAACGGAUGAUGGAAGCCUGUCUAAAGAACAUUCUUCUGCCAAUUCACUGGAAAAAUGUCAUUUGAAGCAGAAUUAUGAUGGAAAGGAUACAUCUAGUAAAAAGAAAUAUACAUUAAAAAAUGACAAUGACACUGAUCUAAAGAAAAAGAACAAUUCAAAAGGGGGGAAAAAAGCUUUGGGUAAAAUUUCAAAUUCCCAAUCCAACAAUUUUACAAAGCAGAUUCACAAUAUAGCUGCUAAGAAUAAGAGAAGAAUUCUUGAUGACUAUGCUAAAUUUCGUAUUAUCACCAACCCAAGUCAAGGAGCAGAACUCAUGUCCAACAGACCAGUUGAUUGUCGUUUCUGCAAGGAAACCUUUGCAUUUUCUACCUUGAAGGUGCAUGAGAAGGAGCACCAAUUCAAAUGCAUUCGUUGCUGCUUAUUCUUUAGCACAAAGAAGGAAAAGAGUGAACAUGUCAUCAAAGAACACAAGAACAGUGAAAAGCCUAAGAAGACUUCUCAGGUAUCCAAGCUGCGUGAACUGUUCCACUGUAUGUUAUGUGAAAAAUCCUUCGUCACCAUCAAGGUGUUCCAGCGUCAUCUACAAACCAGCAUACAUGGCUAUAAUCGUCAUAUACAGAACAGAUGUUUGAAUAUGAUCGGAAGUCAUUUUCACCAGCCCAGUCAGACCAAACAUGGCACCCUAUACGCCAUUGACAAUGGGGAGGAGGAAGGUGAACAGCUCCUUCAACAACAAAACACAUGGUGUAGGGCAGAGGACAAAUCACUGAAGAUGUGGACACUUCCAGAAAAUCUCAUAUCUAUUGAGGAGCUAGAGAAACAGUUUAUCAAGGCUGUGGAGUCGGAUAAAAAUGUCAUACAUUACUACUACCGUGAGCCGGAAUUGUUAGAGGUCAUCAAAAAGCAGGAAAUUCUCUUGCAGAACGUUUCUGCUUCAUCCGACGAAGAGAGACAAAGUGAAGAACCAUAUGCUGUAGUGACCAAUUUCUCCAUGAUGAAGUUUCUCACUGCUUGUACACAGGGUUCUGAUUAUGUCGCUCGACAGGAAGCUGGCAGCAUCCAAUGCAUGCACAACAAUCCAGCAGAUUGCAGUACCAGUUACACUGAUCCAGCAGGUGGCAGCACCAAUUAUACUGAUCCAGCAGGUGGCAGCACCAAUUAUACUGAUUCAGCAGUGGCUAGUGCUAGCUCUACACAAACUUUUUCUGCAGAAAGCAGAUCUCAUUCCCUUCCUGAUUGUGAAUCAGCAGGUUAUUCAGAGAUGAAAACUAUGUCACAUUGUGACACAAACCAAACGAAUACAUAUAGCGAGGAAAUCGCAGCACAAGUAUUAGUGCCAGACAGAUUAGGAAAUUCUGUCGCUCAUAAUAACUUGUCUUUGGUGCCAAUCCAGAGUAAUUUGGAUAACAGUUAUCAGCUGUCAGAUGAAGGGAAUCUACCAUGUCAGCUGAUGAGGAACAGUUCCAGGAUUCUGUCUACAAGUGGCAGUGAUCAUUCCGAUAUGGACCAGGAUCAGGGCCAGAUGGGUUGGCUUAGUCGGGCCAUUGAAGAUAUUGAGGCUGAUCCUUACUAUCGGGUCCAUGAUUUCCUGGACAGCCAAUCUGACAUGUAUAAUGUCUCUGGCUUUAAUGAGCUCUCCACCUCAAAAAACUCUCCAGUCUUGCGUUAUACAAGUACUCCAUCCACAUCUACAAGAUGCACAGUUGCUACAGAUACCAGAAGUUUCACGGAUUUGGAUAGUGGACAGCAGAUCCAAGUUUGUAAUAAUACUUGUCCAGAGACUCCUGGUCAUUGUGGAAAUGGUACCCGAGAUAUUUUCCCAGUUGAAUGCCUUGAUAGUUGUCGGUCCAAGGAGAGUAGUACUCAUGUGUUAGGACCAUUAAACAGUUAUUCUUCUUCACGAGAGUCACAAUUCAAUUGUAAAGAUGAUGAUGAUGAUCCAGAAUCACAAGAACUUAUCAAACUUAAGUAUGCUCAAAUCCUCUGUGAUAUUCGAAACGAUGUCCUGGGGACAAGAUCUGGUCAGGAAUAAAGAUUGGGACAAGAAUGUCAAUGUGAUACCUUACCAUGAAUGAAAAUUGACAUGAUAGGGACACUGUUACCUCAUCUGAAAUGAGGACUCAAAUCACAGGGACAUUUGAUAUCAUCCUUUGAAUGUUGUUUGACAUCACAGGGGCUAUAUAUAAGUUAUAGUAAUUGUUGUGAUUAUAAUUGUUGUCAAAAUUUAUCUUUAUAAUACUUUAGAAGAAAAGACAAUUUGUUGUACUUAUGAAAACUUUAAAAAUAUUUGGGAUA